GGGUGCCCGCAAAGGAGCUGGGACGAGCGUUCGCGCGCGGUGGGGCCGGCCGUCGGCAGAUUCCUGAUGAAAAUGUUUGAGAGCAUUGACUCGACAGCCGCUAGAUCCGGCCGGGAUCUCUGGGCUGAAAUCUGUUCCUGCCUGCCAAAUCCUGACCAAGAGGAUGGUGCCAACAACAACGCUUUCUCAGACUCCUUCGUGGGUUCUUCUUAUCCGGCAGGCGAAGGCCAGAGAGAGGCAGCACAUGUUGCUGUCAAGCCACCUCUACAGCCGUGGGCCCCCUUGCACGAUUCUGAAGUGUAUUUAGCAUCUCUAGAAAAGAAACUGAGGCGAAUCAAAGGUUUAAAUCAGGAAGUAACCUCCAAGGACAUGCUUCGAACCCUGACGCAGGCCAAGAAGGAAUGCUGGGAUCGCUUCCUCCAGGAGCAGCUAGCAUCAGAGUUCUUUGUGGACGGACUUGAUUCCGAUGAGAGCACCUUGGAGCACUUCAAGAGGUGGCUCCAGCCAGAUAAAGUAGCCAUCAGCACAGAGGAGGUCCAGUGCCUGAUUCCUCCCGAGUCACAAGCUGAGAAGCCAGAGGCUGGGGACGAGCCGGCGGCCGCGGAGCAGUGAGUUACACCCGAACACGUGUGGACCAGCUGUCUGGGGCCCACAGGGACCUGUGGCCAGCUCGGCUUCAGCAACCGCGAGAAUCCAGGGAGGAAAAGAGCGCAACGUUCUCUCUACAGGCCAACAGCUGCAGGCCCCUGAGGACAUGCUUGGGGCUGGCAUGUGUGACUGUCUUGGAUGAAGUGACUGUCCCCGUGCGUGCUGGAUCCAAGUGCUGCUUUCCUGUCCGCCUCACAGAUGGACCGAGUGCUGGUGCUGCAGGUGAGAAGGCAGCGGGGAGCCUAAUGAAGGAGCCAGGACGACAGCUCGUGGAGAAGUUGCCCCCUUGUGGAUAAUGUCCAAGUUCAUUGAGCCAUGAUGUCUGGCUUCUUCUGGGUGCACCUGCCUAUGUCCCAAGCAUCCCCUCGGUAGAUCGUCAGGGCUGAGCGGGGCUGAGGAGAAUAGAGUCUGCCUCCCUGAGUGUGAGCCCAGCUGGGGCUUCUGUACCAAGUCCAUAGCCAAUAUAGUGACUGGUCUUUUCCUUCUGGGGAAACCAGGCAACAGAGAGCUGCAUGAAAUAUGGGAGUUUCUGUGUGUAAAUGUCCAUCUCUUUCAUGCAUGGUUUCUCCUCCCACUGCCUCCUGCACUUAAAAAAGGGGUCAGGGGUCUCGAUGAGAAUGGUCAAUAAACUGUUCAGGUUCGAACCCCUCCUGAAGAGUUCCAAGUUGGUUUCUUGUGGCAGCCUUCCGGGCUGAGCUUUGUUGAUCAUGUCUUGAUUCAGCCUGUGUCUGUAUAAAGCUUUCUCAUCAGAA